ACACAGCUGAUUCUAGUCCGUUUGGACUACAUGAUUAUAACAACAACAUAUUUUAACUUUUUGUGUGCAAUGUUGUCACUCCGUUUUAAAAUACAAAAAAAUUUCUUGUGAUAUUAUGAACGGGGAAAAGGAGAUCAAAGUUGAAAAUGUGGGAUCUCCUUCGAUUUUUUUUUCAGGUAUUUAUUGCCCCUAUUUUUUUCCAUUCUUUUUUAGUUUUUUUUCUUUCAUUCUUUUUCCACAUUUUAUCAAGCAACCGAUUACCCAUAACUUUCUAUUUUUUUUUUUUUUUUUUUUUUUUUUUAUAUCAUUUCUCCCAUUUUAUAUU